AUGAAUUUACCCCACGAUAGCAUCCCGUGUAACCCGAACGAUAAUUUGAUCCCCAGAAAUGUGGACGCGAAAAACAGAUACAAGAGACACCCGUUCUCCAGCAUGGACAUCAGUAGCCACUUGAGCAUUAUUCCAUUCCCACAGUAUAACGCCAACUUCCUUUUAAAUAACGACACCAAAUUGAAAAUGUAUAAAAACAAGGUGUUUGGCAUCCCUAUUGAUAUCACCGACUUGAGGGAGAAGUCCAAGCAUUUUAACAACACCAUUGGCAGUAGUGACAAUGGGAGAAGAAACUUAACCUAUCAGAUGGUUGCCAAAAAUGAUGCACAAGAAAAGGCAGAAUACAUUUACCAACCAGCCAUACCGGAAAGUGCGUUUACCUUGCAGCUAUUAAAAAGAAAUAUGAAGGGCACAUGUGGAAUGUACCUAGAGAAAUGCAAACGAGUGAUUAUUUUUGAUUUGGAUGAUACGCUCAUUCCGACCAACUGGAUUAGAUCCUUUUUACUGAAAAGGUGUGCAGUUAGCUAUAAGCAGGGCAUCAGAGAAUUGAAGAAGGAAAUUCAGUUAAAUAAAAAAUGCAACUUUGAAUCAGUUGCUUGUUCUGUAAUUCAUUUGGCCAUGUCCUUGUCACACACCGUGUUCAUCGUGACCAAUGCGCGUAGCGACAAGUGGAUCGAGACAGUCAGGUGGCUUUUCCCGCGCUUUUCCAAACUGCUUCUGUACUGCCAAAUUCCAAUCAUACGGACAGAACAGCAGAUGGAGCCGUCCCCCCUCUACGUGCAUGAGUAUUUUCGCUUUUGGAUGUGCGCCAAGAAAAAAAAGUUUGAUGACAUUCUUAAGCAGCACUGCAACCUCUACCGCCCCUACAUCUCGAACAAAAUUGAUUUUAUUUCCCUGGGCGACACCGACUUUGAGGAAGUAGCGACUUAUGAGCUACAACUAGCCAACACGGGAUUAAUUAACAGAGCCUUCAACGUGAAGGUGCAGGCGGGCCUGUCCCUGGAGGACUUCACAGGGCAACUGAAGCUCAUCCAAGUGGCCAUGUCCAUAAUCGCCAAGGGGUCCUACGCGUACAAACAUUUGGCUCUGUCCGGAUCCGUUCAAAUUAAAAUGUAA